GCAUAUGUUGCACGAGUUGAUAUAUUGGCGUCUGGGGGAAAACAACCAGCAUGGUAUGCAACACAAGUUUGUUUGGUCAAAGUUGAUAUGGUCGGAGGAUUAGGUUGGGCUGUUGAAUUUAGCGUAGAUGAUUGCUAUGUUUGGAUGUUGUUAGAAUAUACAUACAGUAGCUAACAUUUUGUAUUGGCCUCUGCACGAGUUGUGCAGUGUGCGUGAAUUGGGAAGGUGGAACUGCUUGCCGUAUUUCAAUCAAGUAUUUGAUCUGGUAGCUGCGAGUCUGACAUACCUCGCAUGUUUAAGUAGUUCUUGGGCCUUCUCGGGAUAUGUUUCUAACAUAACGCUGGUGAAAAUGAAAAACGUAGAAGUCCAAUUUUCAAUAUGCAUAAAGGAAUUAUUCCAAUAGUUUGAGAUGCAGAGUUUGUCAUUUUUGAUUUGCAGAAUGCACUGCGAGUUGCAAUAACCAAGUUAAAGGAGCUGACCGAAGCAGCUUGGAGAGGUCAAUAAAUUGACCCUCCCAGAUCUUGAGCUUAUCUUUGUUAAGUAUAUGGCUUCCUAACGAAUGAAUUUGCUCUACAAAAUUGGCAUGUUAAAUUGUUUACAAAUAUGACACGUGCUGAAUGCCUCUAGUUCGUUUUUAUCCGAACUGGUGACCUCCGAGGUUGAUGCAUAUCGGAGAUAACGAACAGGAAUUACUGACAGAAUCAUUAUGUUUCAUGAAUCGACAUUGGACGGGUUUGUUGCUUCAUCUUCACUCUGAUUCUAUUAAGGUGGGUCCUUAGUCCUGGAUUUUUGGGGUUUAGGUAGCAUUUUUUUGUUUGGAAUCAAUAGAUUAACAUUCAGAGUAAUGAGAAAAGGCAAAUUAGUUAAGGAUUUCCAGAUUUAUUUUCAUUACAGACACUACUGAAGUAAUGUACCCCUAUGUAGAUUUUUAUGAAAUUCAUUGGAAACAGUUAUCUGUUGUUAUUUUAAAAUAAAAAGAACAACAAAAAUUUUUAAUUGCAUUUAUUUAUCAGGAAACAUGUCAAGAACUAAAACAAAUGUCAUUUUCACUAUGUUCAUCAAGUUUUAGUAUAAUAAGUGCAAAAUUAUUGAAUUAGCCUUACUCUCCAAAAUGUUAAAAGACAAACAAAUAUGGACACAAUUUCCUUAUAGCAUGGUUUAAAUAUCAUUUUUUCUGGUUAUAUUAGUAGAUGUACAUCUGUUAUAGUUAUUUAUGAAACAAAAUCCAUACCUUUCCUUAAUAAUUUCAAAUCUAUAGCUUCCAGAGUAUGUAUACCCCCAUAAAAACCCUAAGUCUGGCACCAUACAACUGAGCUAUUCAAAACCACUCAUGGAUUAAAAUUUUAUGUAAUUUCAUGAAAAGACACAGAUAAUAAUUCCUUAUCACCUUGGUAAAAUGUUUGUGAAAAAUAUAGGAAAUCUAUUGCAUAAUGGACUUGAUAAAUAAUUUAAUGAAAACAAGAGUUAUUGUCCUUGGAUUCAAUAUUUUGAAACGCAUAAUUGACUAUUCAAAUAUAACUAAGACUUUUGAAAUAUUUUAUGGCUAACAAGAUUUUUUACAAUAACUAUUGACAAAAGACUCCAACAAAAUUUAUGUUCCAGUCAUUAAAUUAUUGACUUUGCACAAUCUUAUGACGUCACAGGAGUGUGGAACUACGUUAAUGUCUACAUAUUCAAUCACAAAUAUAUUAGAUAUAUGUUGUUUUAUUUUGCAAUCUAAUUACCUUAAGUUACAGCUUAUGUUGCUUUAAAACUGCAAACGUGACAACAAUUACACGGCAAAGUACAAUACAAGACCCUAUGCAUUUAUAUCCCCGUACAUAGCACUAUACAAAAUGCGGUAGUUUAUAUGAUGAAAAACACAUUAGCCCAAAACUGGUCAAUACCUAUAAAGGGUUCAAUUUGGUUACAUAACGGGUAAAAAAGGGCCAUUUAGACAUCUUUGAUAUUAGAAAUUAUUAGAACAAGUCUUUAUGAGUCAAUAGAUCGUUAAUAACAUCAUCCCUGAUAAAGCUAUCAUAUUCUGGAAUUGUUAACAUAGUAAAAAAAAACUUGAAAUAUUUUGCAAAUGGGUGUAUAACAGUCAAAUGUGUAUUCAAAGUGUAUUUCAUUAACAUAAUUUAUUACAGGAUAUCGGACAGCAGGUAUUUGGGUCAAAUACUGUCUGACGUGUUUCAUACUGAUUGUUAAGCCGUUCUUGGCACACUGAUUUUGACUACGGAUAAUUCCGUUUACCUGAUCAGGAUAUAGGGCUCACGGUGGGUGUGACCGGUCGACAGGGGAUGCUUACUCCUCCUAGGCACCUGAUUCCACCUCUGGUGUGUCCAGGGGUCCGUGUUUGCCCGACUACCUAUUUUGUAUUACUUGUAGGAUUUAUGAGAUUGAUUACUGUUCGUUAUCUUCGCCUUUCAUAUAAAAGUCAUCUUCAUAAGUCAUCUGUGCAUAAUACAAUGAUCAGCAAUAAACUUUAUCAUAUCUUCUAAUUAACAUGUAUAGUUAUAUUUAUAUUCGAUGAAAUUGCGGGGUUUCUUUCUCUAUUAAUUUUUAAAUUUCUUUUUGUAAUUCUCCAUAUUUUUUAAUCAUUAUAAAAAUCUACUAUGUCAAAAUUGAAAUAUAUCGAUCUAUUCCUCAUUGAUAAUAUUUUCGUGGUCUUUGCUGAUCAGGUGUUCCAACAGUGUGUUGGAAUUCCCAUUGUCACAAAUUGUUCUCCUUUGUUAGCUGACCUGUUUCUAUAUUUAUAUGAAGCGGAAUUUAUUCAAAUUCUUACACACGAGAAGAAGAAAUAUCUUGUCGUGGCCUUCAAUUCGACAUUUAGAUAUAUCGACGACGUUUCGUCUAUUAACAAUGAUAACUUUCAUUCAUAUAUCGAAUCGAUAUAUCCCUGUGAGCUCGAAAUAAAGACAUCACAGAGUCGUCCACUUCUGCUCCAUACUUAGAUCUUUUAUUGAAAGUAGGUAAACUGACAACUCAACUGUAUGAUAAACUGAAUAAUGUCAGGUUCUCCAUCGUCAACUUCCCAUGUUUAUGUAGCAAUAUUUCAUUAUCACCUGCAUAUGGUGUUUAUAUCUCUCAACUGAUUCGAUACGCAAGAGCUUGCUCUGCGUAUAGUCAGUUUUUAAAUCGAGCUAUUGACAAACAAGUUGAUGGUACAGGGGUUUCAACAGUCUCGAUUGAAGUCAGCAUUUCGCAAAUUCUAUGGUCGUUAUAACGAUCUAGUUCGUCAAUACAACCUAUCAUUGGGUCAAAUGCUGUCUGACAUGUUUCAUACCGAUUGUUAGGCCGUUCUUGGCACACUGAUUUUGACUACGGAUAUCUCCGUUUACCUGAUCAGGAUAUAGGGCUCACGGCGGGUGUGACCGAUCGACAGGUGAUGCUUACUCCUCGUAAGCAACUGAUUCCACCUCUAGUGUGUCCAGGGGUCCGUGUUUGCCUAACUAUCUACUUUGUAUUGCUUAUAUGAGUUAUGAGAUUGAUCACUGUUCGUUAUCUUCACCUUUCAUUGUGUUAAGAAGACUAUGUAUCCUAAUGACCGUGUUUCAAAACCAUCAACAAUUUUCAUCUACCGACAUUUCUGAUGUUCAGUAACAGCAUUAUUGAUAACAAUAAAAUUCUAUCAUUUUCAAUGCAUCACAAACUUUUGCAUGAUUUUCUACAAUGUGUACCUCAGUCAUAUAAUGUGUGCUUAAACAAGGUUCUAAUGGUUUAAAUACAUAUACCAUCACACGUCAUACUAUCAAUCCACCAUCACCACUCACACUCAAAACUGACCAGUCUAACUUAAUGAUAUCACAUGUCCAUCAUGUAUACAUCAAAUUAGCAGAAUAACUAUAUACAUAAUAAUGAAUUACACAAUAGAUGCACGCUGCACAGUAUUUACAAGUCAAAUUAUUGGAAAAUGCUUACAUGUACAGUUUCACAUUUUAUAUUAGGUUUCAAUUAUAUUUCCACAACUAUCUAAAUGUAGUCCGUAGGUAACUCCGCAAAUUUGCAUGUAACACACAUUUAUGAUAGACUUAGUCCAUGUGUACUGGUAUGUUGAUAUACAACUAUUAUAAUGGACUUCAAAUUAACGUCAGCACAUUUGUUUUAGUUACACAACAUUUCAACAGUAAAUCUCCAAAUAAAACACUGUACAAUUAUAAACAUAGAAAAAAACAUACAGCACAUCAAUGUCACGUACCGUAUCAGUAUACUGUUCUUGCACAGCAAAAAUACAAUAUAAUGUAAAUUCAAAAUAUCACUUACAAUAUAUGUGUGUUAUAACAAUAAAUGUUAUGAUAAACAAGGUACAAUUUACAAGUAACAAUUAAGUAACAAUUCACGAGAUUUCUGUUACUAUAUUAAUUACUGAACGUUCUCUUGCUCUCAUACAUUCACAAUCUACAACACAUUUCAAAAACAAUUAGUGAACAAACAUUCUAUAUCUACAACACAUUUCAAAAGCAAAUAUUGAACAAACCCAUAUACGUUCUAAAUCCACGCUACAUUUCAAAAUAUUUGAUCUCUUCUUUACCAUCAUCAUCUUCUGAAUCUUCGAACCCAAACUCCUUUUCAAGUCUCUCCAUUAAACUUGGUGGUUUCUCCCUUUUGGGUGCCUCUGUCAACUUGUGUUUUAUGAGAUCAGAUGAACUUUUGAAUGGGCGAUGAGUAUGAGACGAUGAAUCCUUGGAUGGGGACGUGUCAAACAAUGGAAGUUGGUUAUGCGAACUGGUGGAUAGACUAAGCAAGGACGCAGAUGAUGACCUCAGUACAGACAAUGACGACGAUAAUGUUGAUGUGGGGAAACUAGUGGGCCCUUUAUCUAUUAAUUGUUUCCUGUGCUCCAACAGACUAACACUUUUUGUUGGAUUAUGGGCUGGUUCUGCCUCAAACUACAUCGUGUUGGUUUCCUGUGUUGGUUCCCAGUCUGCUGUAGAGGCAGACGGCUCUGAAGGAGUAAUAUUUGUGAUGGAGUCCGAGUGUGAAUUAUCAUCUUCAUUGUGAACUUCUUACCUCAUCUCCUCAUGUGAGGAUGUCGAGGACAGUCCCUCAGAUUACCUGACCACAGGAAAACUUCCACAUCGUUUCGACGACACUGCAUUAUCCACCAAAUCUUGACCAAUAUCUGACACAUUCUCAAAUUUUGCAUCCGGAUUGAAUUCUCCAAAGUGAUUACAGCCGAGGAGGUGACACGCGCCCCCUCUGACAAAUGCGUGGAUUCUACGACAGAAACUUCCCGCUACUGCUGCUACUCACUCCUCCAUAUGGUGCUCUGCUGCCUGGUUGAUCACUACUGCUAUCCACACUACUAUCUACACCAGCUAUCCUCUCUCCUACUGCGGACACUUCCUGUUGAGAAUCACUCUCCGCGGUAAGCUCGUCCACUUCCAUAUUUGUCCCCUGUGUCUGCAACGACAACGUGUCUGUUCUGCUAUCCACAAAUUGCAGCUCUACUAAACUGAGAUAAAUUUUAGAUUGCGAUGUCAUGGAAGACGUACUACAUGAAUCCAUCGUAACACUGUUGUUAUAAGAGUCUGCCCUUGAGGACCUACCAUUACCACAAGAAUCUGAACGGGACGUACUGUCACACACACUUCUCAGUUCUUGGUUUUUCCUUUGAUCCUCAGUACUGUCAACUUUGACUGGGUCCACCUUUAUAUUCACAGAAAUACUCAACUUCCUCUAAUACUGCCUCAGACUGUCUCACCUGCUGUUGUCCACUUGAACGCUCUCAUCCUCCUCUACAACAUUUAGUCCUACUGGUCUCUGAACUGACUCACUUGUAGAGUCUAGUUUAUCUACUUCCUCCUGUACACCACAGUUUACAUUUAGAUCCUCCCCCGAUCUGUCGGUUACUUCACAUAUGUGGUUCCUUUCACUCUGGUCACUACUAGAAGUCCUAUCCUGCUGAUACUGUUUUUGUAAUGAAGCAUCUGCCUCCUCAUAUGUGUCAAGGUCUCUAGUUGUUUGAUUAAUGUAAGAUAUUUGAGAAGGCGCCUCAGCAUCACUGCCAUUGUCAUCAGUAUCACACUCCGAAUGAAGACUGUCAUGCUUCGAGUAGUUAUACACAGUUGAGUCCGGACCACAGUCACUUUGGAUUUGAGUAUGGUUUGAACCAUGGACAGUUGAUUGUAUAAAAUGUCCAUGAUCAAAAGUGUCAGAUUCAUCAAAGGAAAUGGUGGCAUAUUUGUUUCUUUUUACGUUGCAAGAAUAUUCUGCACCUUUGUUAUCAUCUGAAUCAUAAUCUAGUUGCUGUGGUGGUUCAUUAAGUUUCUGUUGUGAUGUUUGCUGUAGCUUUUGUUGUGGUGGUUGCUGUAUUUGCUGUGGUGGUGGUUGUGGUAUUUGCCGAGAUUGAUGUUGUGGUGGUUUUGAUAGUUUCUGGGGUUUCAGUUGUGUUUGCGAAGAUUACUGUUGUGCUUGUUGUAUUUGCCCAGAUUGUUGUGUUUGUUGUGUUAAUUGCAUAGAAUGUUGUUGUGGUAAUGGCUGUGGUGUUGAUUGUUGUGGCACUGGUUGCUGCUGUAGUGGUUGCUGAGAUUGUGACUGAUGAAUAUUUUGAGGAUAUGCAACGAGUGCUUCCUGGCCAGUCGAUGAUAAUGAACCGCUAUUUGACCAAGGAAUUUCCCCAGACACAGAUUGAACUGGGUUCAAUCGCUGAACAUUCAACGGUGGUCAACCGCUUGAAGUCUGGGUUGAAACACCAAGGAAAUGUGGGUAGGGUUCAAUCUGAACAGCAGACACUGGUAGUUCAAGAAUUUCGGAUACCAUUGGGUAUCCAUAUGGUUGGGGAAAUCAUGGAUAUGGUUCCCAAGGUGACAGACAAUAUGGCAUAAUUUGAGGCGAGUAGGAUGGGAACUGAUCCCAUUGUGGAAGCACUUCAUUAUAUGACACACCCAUUUGUGUAGGAUAGUUAUACAUGGCACUCAUCUUGUUUUCUCUAUCUCGUUUCCCCCUCUCUAUUAUUAAAUAGUAGUAAAUAUAUUCAUACAAGAAAACAAGAACAGUAUUGAAAUACUGUAUCAACAAAUAUAAAUUCGACUGAAAAAAAAUUUGUUUCCCUGCUUUAGAUUAAAAGCUUGGAACACUAUAAUGAAAUAUAUUUUCAAAAUAACAACGAAACAGACUUUAUCUAGGAAAAUCUAAACACUAAAGAAUUGAAGGGAAAAUAAUAAAUUUUGAUAUUGAUAUAAACUAUAUAUAUGAAAGAGAAAAAAAUGCAAAGAAAAAAUUAAUAAAUUAUUGGAAAAAAUGUGCUUUGCCUUAUCAAGGCAAAAGCUAAACACCAAAGGAAUGAAUAAGAAAAAUUAAUAAUAAAUAUCAAUAUGGGUAGGUCAAGAAAGAAAGAAAAAAUGUAAACAAUGAAUCAAUAUUGAUUCAUUAUUGCAAAGUAAACUUCAUAAAACAAGAAAAAUAUCAAAGUAUCUUUAUUCUAUUGAAUAAGUUUGAAAAAAAAAAUAAUCAAAAUUUAAAGAAAGAUAAAAAAUUGUAAUUAACUUUAAACUGGUACAAUGUAAACAAACAGGUUUUUUCCCAAAAUGUAAAUAGAUAUAAACGUCACAAGGAACUGUUUAGUGACAAUUUGGCGCCAAACAUCGAGCGUGCAAAAAUGACGCGGGGCAAGACGACAAAAACAUUUCACAAAAUGAUAAAUAUAGAAACUGCGUUUCAAAAAUGAACAAUACAACAGUUUAUCGAUUUAACGUUUUUUAAGAAACGCUCAAAACCGAUACAAAUGACAAGAUUCAAAUACCAGCAAUAAUAUUCAAUGAAAAGAGAAGUAAAUUAUCCCCACGUGCUAUUUGUCACGUAUAUAAGGGUGAUAACUCUAACACAAAAAACGGCAAAAUAGUUCAAAUGAAUAUAUCGUGAGUAUGCGCUAUAGACGCUCAACACGACAAAUUCAAUAGAAAAAUGGUUCAAUAUAAUUGAACGUUGGAAUAUCGUAAAUACACGUUUAAAUAUUAAACGCUCAACACACUAUUCCACAAAAUGACAAAAAAUAUACGGUGAUAACAUAUCACCGCGUUUGCAAAUAUUGCAAAAUAAAUGUUCACCGGCGACACCAAUAUCGUGUAACCGAGGUAUUACAUGACAUAAGAACACAAGGCAUAUAAACAAUGCCCUACCUUAAUUCAGCAGGACUCCACAAAUGGCAUUUGGACUAUCAUACAUAUAACACAUGGGAACACAACAUCAUAGGUUUGGGUAAAUCGUCGACUGCUGCAGGGUAGAUGGGAAGGGCUGAGUGAACGGAAGCUCCAGGUCAAGGGUUAGGAAUAGGAUAUACCAGGUUCAAGUGUUAUUUACAUGAGUAUAUACAUAUACAUAAAUACGUUUUACUACAUUAUUGUAUUCACUAAAUUUCUUUCAUAUUCGGUAUAGGGAGACAUGGCAAAUAAGGAUAUGCCUGUCGAAAGUUGGCCGUCUUUUAUUUACGAAUUCAUAGCUUCACCCAUUUUGCCAGACGAGGUAAAGGAUAACUUUAACAUAACUAAUAAAUGUUGAAUUGAAAGGUAUGCUUUUGUAUGUGUCACAAGUAGGAUUAAGCAUCCAGCAGAACUUAUAUAAAUGUAUUCCUGGGGGAGAUGAAUACUUUUUUUAUGUUUUAUAAGAAGAUUGUUCACCAUUAGAUAUAUUCAUGAAGGUGUCACUUAGAAGUAGAAAAAAUGUAUUAAGAAAUAUCUAUAUGAAUCAAAUUGACAUUCUUGUCUAAAUUUGAACGUGAGUCAAAUAUAUUUAUUGUAUCUAAGAAAAUCCAAACAUGUAAGGAAAGAACUGAAUACAUCUACCCAGAAAAAGGAAAUUGGUUUACAAAUGACGUUUCCUCAUAUAUACGCGUGGGGAAAAUUUAGGUGCUAAUUACGUGACCUCGUAAUUACUGUAAAUUUUCCCCACGAUUAGAUGAUAUAAUAAUAAUAAUAAUAAUAGUAAUAAUACUUUAUUUCACACACUAUUCUUCCCCAGGGCCUUCCACUAUAAUAUAUAAUUAUAUACAAGAAUAAUCACUUAAAACAGAGUCUCAAAACAUGAACACAAAGUUACGUAACAAGAUUCAGUCUAUAUCACUUAAUACAAUUGAAUAUCAGUGACAAAUAAUCACAAAAUUUAAUGUUCCAGAUUGCGGUUAAAAGACAAAUGCAUCAUGUGCAUAUAAUUUAUAUACGAGAGGGGAAAAUCAUCCUUAAAUAGUGGUACGGCAGCUGAUAACGUAUUUUGUAACAUUGUCUUUAAAAAUAUGUUGAGACUGAGAGAGCCGUAUGCAUUGUGGUAGUUUGUUCCACAGGGUCACACCUGAGUAUUGUAAAGAGGUCUUGAAUAAUUGUGUGUUAAACUUUGGCAAUCAAAGAUCGUGGUUUGAUUCAGAACGCAGACGAUAAGAAGCAGAAGAUUGAAGUUCAAAUAGCUCAAGAUAAUCGAGAGGCAAACCGCGAAAAAUUUUAGAUAAUAAAAUAUAUUUGUGUAAAUCAACUACCUCAUAAACUGUCAGCCAACAUGUUUCUCAAACUAUGAUUUAGAAGAGAAAUCUGGACUUGCAUCCAGAAUUAUCCUUGCAGCUCUUUUUUGUAACUUAAAUAUUCUUUCUAUACCAAGUUUGGAUGUAUUACCCCAAAUAGUCAAGCAGCAGCUAAUGGACGGCAGAAUAUAUGUACUGUAAUAGAGCUUUCUGGUAUGUAGGAGUAGAAACUUUUUAUCUUGCAUAGUGUAAAUAAUUUGUAGUUUACGUUUUUGCAUACUGAGUUAAUAUGAUCGGUGUAAAUUAAUUUAUCAUCAAUAUGUACACAAAUAAGCUUCUCAGUCUGAAAAUGUUCAAUUGAAUUAUUUCUAGCAACAAGUUUUAAAUUUUGGUCCUCUAAUAUUGAUUUUCUUUGCUGUGUACCCAUCAGCAUACAUUUUGUUCUAUUUACGUUUCACACCAGUUCUCAAUGUCUCAAAUAUCUGAAAUGAGUACAUUUUCUAAACAUCUUGUACCGUGACCAUUAGAGUGUAGAGUAACAUCGUCGGCAAACAUGUCAACAUUUGAAUUAUUUACAUACAUUGCAUGUCGUCACCCAAUCGUUCAUGUAACAAAUUAAAUAUUGAUCUAGUCUGCUGCUUGGGAAGGUAAUAUAUGUAUGUAGUAAUAUAUCAUAUGUAGAUUUUGAAAAUUUGUGUGGAAUGGAUAUCUCUAUUGUGAGUGUGUAUGAGAGCCUUCCUAUGAAUAUUGUUAAACAAAUGAGCAGAAUAUGUACUAUAAAUGAUACGGGAACAUAUUAUAUGGGAACAGAUGCGACAGAAACAGAUGAUACAGGAACAGAUGCGACAGGAACAGAUGAGACAGGAACAGAUGAGACAGGAACAGAUGCGACAGGAACAGAUGAGACGGGAACAGAUGAUAUGGGAAGAGAUGAAACGGGAACAGAUGAGAUGGAAACAUAUGAGACGGGAAGAGGAGAGAAGUCAUAAUGCAUGCUUUCAAACUUGGUUGUUUGCUGUACAAACUACAAACCGACAUGAUGAACGAUUUCACAUGUUGGUUCCAAAUAUCACUUGAAAUACUCAGAUUGGAUCAAGAAACACAACUGCAAUUGCUGAAGAUAAAGUUUCUGUAUGUUGCAGUUUUAUCAUAUUUUCUGCGGCUGUACAUUUCCUCUGGGCGGAACACACGAUACGUGUUACAGUGGUCGGACAAAGCCGUGUUACUUGUGUUAUGGACGUGUGGUGACGUGGAACGGAACCCUGGGCCUGCAAACACCAAGAGGCUCACUAGGUCCGAGAUUCUACGCAAAUUCCGAAGAUUCACUCAAAUGCAGUUACUGGAAUUCAUUUACAAUGGGAGUGAAAUGCCGAAACAUCCCUUUAGGAAGCCUCCUCCAGGAUGGAAUGAUGACAAGCCUGAAAUUGAGUUCAAAAACAUUUCAAAUACAAAGUCUGGUGAAGAAGAAAUCUUUGAUAAGAUGUUAUGUUUAAUAGAGAAGAAACAGAUUCCGUUACCACACGAAUGGGUUGAUAUUUUGAGGCAUUACAACAACUUAAAGGCAAAACGUAAUGAAGAAGCAAGUAAAACAGCGAUGGAACAAUGGAUGCUGGAGGAGGACAUCCUUCGAUUUCUUCCGAAGAUUACAGAAUAUGUUGGAAAAACGGAUAGUCUACAUGAAAAAAUUUACAAUCUUUCCAAAAUCAUCGCAUUGAAAUCUAGUCUGUCGCAUGGUGUUUCUGACCGUUCAUGUUCAUGUGUUGAGAAUUGGCGUGAAGAAGGUGGAUUUUCCCCAACUAAUGUUCCGACAAUCUCUGACACAUUUGACACAAACAGCGAAGUAUCCAACUCUUCGACAAAGAAACGCCCUGCAUCAAAUUCUGUUAAAGCCGUAGCUGACACACAGGGGAUUUCAGACACAAAAAAGUUCAGGAGAAAUAAGGAUGAUCCUGAGAAGAAACGUCCUGCAUCAAAUUCAGUUAAAGACGUAGCUGACACCCAGGGGAUUUCAGACACAGAAAAGUUCAAGAGAAAUAAGGAUGAUCCUGAGAAAUGCAUGUCAAAUCAACAACAAAACCUGGAUAUGCAAGGAGAAUACCAAUCUGGAUCUGUAUACGAUACUGAAGGGGAUCCUGAUACCCAACCGUCCUUGGAGGUCCCAACAGAUGGCUGCAUGGUACAAAAUGCAAAUCUUUCCGAUGCCGAGGAUGAGCUGUUGAAGAAAUGUGUGUCAAAUCAACAGCAAAGCCCAGAUAUGCAUAAAGAAUUCAUAGACGACACUGCAGGACCUUCUGAUGUUCAAUCGUCCUUGGAGGUUCCAACAAAUAACAAAAAGUUAAAUCUUUUACACAGUUCCGAUGACGAGGAUGAAGAACUGUGGAAGGAAACAGACGAAAUAUUUGGAGAUGUAACGCUUUCGGUCAAUGAUUUUUAUCAGGUCACAAUGGUUCCCAUUUUCUUACGAAUGUAUCUAGAAGAUGAACCCUACGCUCACCCAUCGAAUGAAAUGGUUGAAUUGUGCCUACAGAUUCUGAACAAAGUCUUUUGAUAGAAUUUUAAUAUCAAUAUGAGGCUGCUUUCUCAUGGUAUUUGCAUGAGUUUCAAACUCUAAAGAGACCUUUCAAAAUGAAAACAAAAACAAAUACAUAAUUUUUCAGCUGUUUUCAUUCAUUGCUGUAAAAAUGAACGGCCUCACAUUUUUUGUAAAGUAUUCCGUUUUGCUUAUAUAGAGGAAUGUGUAUGAAUAUAGAGAAGGAUAGAUAUAUAGAUAAACAACAUUAUUCUCUCCUGAUUAUCUAGAUUCUAUAUAAAAUCAAGUGAUGUGUAAAUAUAUGUAUAUUUAUAUAUAACAUGUGUUGAUGUUUGAUGAGAAAACAAUUAAUGAUAUUGUUACUUAAUAUCUAUGAUCGAUAAGCUUUAUAAAUUCAUACUUUCUGGAAAUAUUGCUGUGUGAUGGUUUGGGAUUAACUUUUAUAUGAUGAUGGUCAUUUUUAUCAUAGCAAUGUGUAUAAUUAUGUGACAUAAUGCUUGAUGUAUUAAAUACACAGAUAAUAUUACAUUGCAACAUCUGUUUCACACCCCUUAUCAACCCGAGACUCCAAUAUCAGUCUGAGAGUCCACGGUCCUCCGGCUGAUAUUGCUCGAAGGUUGGGAUAUGGUGUGUGAUACAGAUAUUGAAAUGUAUUAUUGCUUUCAUACAUGUAUAUAUUUGAAAUUAGAAUCCACAAUUGAAUUAUAUCUAUAUUCUUUUUUAAUCAUUAAACAUGUCGUUUUGUUGAA